AUGGCGCAGUUGACCAGCGAAAAAGCUCGGCGAAUUGUGCGUAAGAUCGCGCAAAAAAACGGUAGCAUCACCGACGAAGAUCGAGCAGCAACGCCGCCUGCUGUUCUCAGAGCACUGCAAAACGUUCGCAAUCAGCUUGCAAGCCAGCGCACUCUAUGGAUGCCUCUCGACACACCCGAUGUUAGAAGAGAUGUUGUGUUCCGGUUGAUCUCCAGUGCCCGCUCCUUGCGCUACACUCAGGCAGAGAGGGAAGGCAAAGAAGCAUACUUCUCCUUAAAUGUAUCCCGGAACCGUAUCGUGAUCGAAACGAAUGAUGAUGGGUGUCAGAAAAGCGAUAUCAAGGAGCUUUCUGAGGCCCGUCAUGCCCUUUCCAACGACAGCACCGGCAACCUGUACGGCGCAGUCCUAUCCUAUACCGCUAGAAUUUCCAGCGAAAUCCAUGUUCAGUCCGGUCCGUUCUCCUUUGUCCUUAAGCCCCAAAGCGACGGUGAUAGGCUUGGAUUUGCAAUUCCGGUAAACAAAGAGCCAACAACCUUACCCGAAGGAGUCCGCUCCCGGAUCGUUCUAUACCCUCUUCUGUCGCGGGAUUUCGAUGAAUUAGUGGAUGUGUUUGAGGCUAUUGCAUACAAUGGUUUCGUGCUGCUCGAUCCUGAUGACGUUCACCAACCUAUGUGUAAGAAAUUUGUUUUCAAGACCCAAAAAAGGCGUCUGGAACACAAAGUCCAACUGCGUGACGGCAUAUCCGAGGUUACCCAAACUCGGGAACCAACUGGAUUAUUCUCCCGUCUUCAGCCAAUAGUUACGAAACGCUUCCUCCUGUACAAGCAAACCAAGCCAGGGCCGUUCGAUAAGACAGUGCUAUUGUUUCCUAUCGAUGAGGAUUCGAGGCCUGUCAUAGGAUUUCAGAAGGUUUACCACAUUGUUGGAUCAUUCGCUUUCCCUAUUGUUGGAGUGAGACUGAAUUUCGGCGUUUGUGCAACCUUGACGAGGUUUCAUCCAGUGAGGGACGCCGACAUCGACAAUGCUAUAUUGAAAACAUGUGUCAUCAGCUCCUUCUGUGAUGCCAUUGCCUUCUGUCAAGGUCGCCCCUGGUCUUACGAAUGGGUCCAGUACAUUCCCAAACAGAGCAUUGUCUCACCAGCUUGGCGUGGGACAGUUCAAGAGUUGCUUGAAAAACUCCGAGUGGCCCCUGUUUUCCAGAGCCAAAAGGGGGCUCUCAAAAGCCUGUCUUCACUUCCAUACUUGUCCCCGGAGUUUUACGACGCAGAAGACAAGCCCUUGUUCGGAGGGUCGGAUGACGAGCAUUACCUUUCCACGGAAUACAAUGCCUACCUGGAUUGUUUGAGGCCUCUAGGCCUCCAAGAGAUCUCAGACCAUGAAGUCUUGGAAAAGCUCAAGCCAAUACUGACAAACCGUUUUCACGUGCUGUCAGAUCUCACCUUCCGAAAGGAACAGAUGCCGCUUAUCUCACGACUGCUGCUAACAUGGCUAAAGAGGGAUCCGGAUAGCACUUUGUCUGCCGAGAUCAGGAACAUUCCCUUUAUUCAAUUGAAUGACGGGUCUUUGGUUCGAGGGAACGACCUCAGUCUGAUAAGGUCGGAAGCCGACCUGGCUUCUGCGCGUAAAGAUGUCUACUUUUCGACAGAUACCAACGGCAACGACAUUCCGAAAUGUCUUGACAUUUUGAUUGUCUCACAGGAAGCAGUCAGGGAAAAUGGCCAAGAAGAACUUUUUAGCCUCCUUGGGGUCAGGCGUAUUUGUCCUGAAGUUGUUAUGGGGCAAAUUAGCCGGCACAGCCAUUCCACCUCCAGUGCGCCAAUCUCUAGGAGUCUUAUGGCUGACCCUAUGCACAUUCUACGCUACGUCUAUGACAGCUGUGCCAAAAACAGCAGCCUGGAGAGGCCCUGCGUUAUGGUCGCUGACGAGCAUGGCCUGAGAAGGCUGGUAUGCAGUACCUCCUGCUGGUAUCACCCCGUCGAUGUGUACCUCAAAACGGACGGUGCCUACGGAACGGAAGCCAUUGCAAAAACGUUGACAUCGACCUCGUUAUUCAAACAAUCCCUUCCUCUGCUACAUCCAACCUUUCUUAAUCCAGACCCCAUGAGCAAAAGACACAUACCCCAUGAUACGUGGAGAAUGUGGCUGGAAGACCAACGGAUCAUACGGCGAACUCCCCGGUUGACACACUGGAACAACCCUAAACAGCUUUCCGACAUAUUCAAUGCGAUCAUAUCCCGCCAUCCAGAUAUUCUUCUUGGUGUCCUAAGACGGUAUUGGGACACAUACAGAAAAGAGAUCAACAAAGAACCACUCCUUGCAUCCGCAAUCAAGAAAGCAAAAGUCCCAACGUUAAACGGAGGGGCGAGGCUUGACGAAUGCUACUUUCCCAUCCCAAAGUUUUGCUAUAUGGUUGAGGCUGUGUCCACCACUAUCAACAUCAACUUUCUCAAACUUCCAGGGAGCUGGGGCCCAGAUAGUGAACAGGAAUGGGGAUUCCUCCGAGAGCUCGGUGUGUCUGGUGGUGGAGCGGCAACCUUCGUAGAGGUCAUUCAAGAUCGACUGUUAUCCACCAUGACCUUGGAGGAGGCCAAACCGCAUUUCUUUGAAAUUUACGGCUCGAUGUCUGAAUGGACUUAUCACGACAUAUGGUAUGACCGCUAUCAAAAUGGGAUGUUCGGUUCUGACGCAGAUAGGCAAUAUUUCUGGGACAAGAAGGCCAUUUAUAUCCCAAACACCUGUGAUGGUGCGAAGCUAGUGCAUCUCUGCGACUGCGUCUGGAGUGGCCCCUCGUGGUUACGGACUGUACACGCUCUUGCAUCCCAUGAGGAAUAUACGAGUGACUCGAAAAUACGGGCCCUCUUUUCAGACAAACUUUGCGUGGAGAACGCAGACUGGGGGACCUAUCUUACCGAAUUAAUGCACCUACAGGUUGUUGGGGUAGAUGCAAUAGGGAAGACACAGAGGAUAUACCAGGCUAUCAUGGAGGAUGCAGAAAACGAAGACGACUGGAAGAGCCUGCGGAAUCACUUCCAGCAAGGCAAGAUGAUCUACGUACCCGGCCGAAAGCAGUGGUAUGCACCUGGAGAAUGCAUCUGGACAUCGUUCUCAAUCGGAGACAAGAUGGGCAUAAGCAACCUCUAUCCAGAGAUGGAGAGGUUUUUUGUUGAGAAGCUCCAGGUCGAGCCACCUUCCGUACUUGGCUAUAUCAGCCAUAUACAGCAUCUUUGCAAGCACGGAGGGAGUUCCGCUGAGGUUAUUGAGACUCUUUACCAGAUCAACAACCUUGAACUUACGAUGUCUGACUUGAACCGCCUCAAGGAUAUCAAAUUCUUGCCAAUCGAGGACACCGAGGAAGAAGUCUCCUGGGGCUCCAUCACAUCAGAUUUCUUCAUCAUUGAUAGAGACGGCUGGCCUAUGCUAUUUUACGGGAAGGUGCCAACGCUCCAGUUUUGCCUGUCAGAAGUCCGUGAAUUGGCUCCCCUUCUGAAAUCUCUGGGACUCGAAACCCGCUUUAUUUCCAUUUGUGCAGUGAAGGAGACCAGUGUCUCAGAAAUGCCUUCGCAAAGCUCAUCGCAUCUCACAAAGGAUUUCCGUCAGAGAGCAUCAGGUUUCUCUAGAUGUAUUUUCCACUACAACGGCGGAGACGCAAGUGCUGCUCGCGAAAUAUACGACACCUUCCGCGAGGCAUUGGUCUACGAAACUGAGCAUAUCGCCGGAAAAUGCACCUUGACUUCGCUGUCCGGUUCUAGCACAAGUCUGCAAACAUACAGUAGACUACAUAUGGAAUAUCUCGAUGGCAAAUUGAGCAUCUUCGUUCCUCGUGCCGAAAAGGAAAGACUUAUCUGCUACGCCACGCAACUGCCGGAGUCCUUAAUGAGUUCCCUGAAAAUCAAAGACCACGCUGCCUAUGGGAUAUUCACUACAAUUCUUCAGGUGCCAGUCGAGGUCGUGGACGGCAUACUAACGACACAUGGUAUGCCCGAAGUACCCGACCUGCGCUCUGUCAGCCCGGUGGUCACCGAUGAUUCGGAUCCGGACUAUGAGGGUGCGCUAGAGAUUUUCGUCCCAAGGGCGUCGAUUGCUUGGAGUGGCAAAGAUCAAUCUCUGGAAUCUGAACAGUCAGGACUUCAGCUGGUCUUACGAUCAAAGAACACGGACAUCACAAAGUAUCGCUCACAGUCGGACAGACAUGAAGUGGCAGUCAAGGAACAUACGGACAGAUGA